AUGAUUCUGUGGAAGAGGCAAAAUGCCCUCAGCGCCAAUCUGAUCCUCCAGCGGCGCAACCGCGCCGACAGUUGCCUCCACCGGCCCAAGAGGAAGAAUUCCGUGAAGCAUAUCGCGAAUCUCCUGAGUGAAUCGAUCAAAGCGAUUAUCCAAUCAACCAUCGCCUCUCCCGUCUGCCGAUUUCUGCUCCUGCGCUGCCGGCCCUGGCUAGCAAGUAGAUGGGGAACAAAGAGCGCGCUAAAGAAAGACGUGAGAAGAGACGCCAAGAGAUUUCUCUUCUCCGUACUAUCCCGUACUCUGAUCACCAAAGGUACC